UCUCAAUCGGUUCCGCGAGGGCUUUUCUGGCUUUCAGAAGUAUUAAUGUUUUCUGGAAGUGUUUGUUAUGCGCGGAGACACUCUUCAGUUUUCAAGUCUGCUGGCAUAUUAUUAUUUUUUUAAGUGACAUCUAAAAAUGUCUUUUGUAGUUGCUCAGUCUCAUUUCAUUUUCGGUGUACGGACUGGUGUGAGGAACAAUUUGUGUUUCUUUGACGAGCAAACCGUCGUCUUCCCCAGCGGAAACAGCUGCGUGUGUUUCAACACCGUCCAACGAUGGCAGCGGUUCAUUUCAGGCUCAGAGAGAAGUCAGGGAAUGCGUGCUAUGACCAUCAGCUCCAACAGACGCUACCUGGCAGUGUCAGAUUAUGGAGAGAGGGCCACCGUCACUGUGUUUGACCUGCAGCAUGAGCAGGGCAGAAAGAGAAAGGUUUUGAGUGCAGGAGACAUGUCUGUUCAAGAGUUUAUCUGCAUUGCUUUCUCUCCUGAUUCUAAGUACCUGAUAGGCCUGACAGGGAGCCCUGAGUGGAUGCUGAUCCUCUGGCUUUGGGAGAAACACAAACUCCUGGCAACACUGAAGACAACAAACACAAAUAAUCCUGUCACCCAGGUCAGCUUCAACCCUUACAACAACACACAGCUCUGUGUGAGCGGAACCGGUGUUUUCAAGUUGUUCCGCUACUCAGAGGGGGCCCUGAAACCAAGCAGUGUUGCAAAGGUUGAGUCCAUCAAUUUCCUGUGCCACACCUGGAUGUCAGAGCACAGGGUGAUCGCUGGCACAGACACUGGCAGGCUGCUGGUGUUUGAGUCUGGAGACCUGCGAAGAGAGAUCAGCAUGACUUGUGUGCAGGGCCAGCCUGCCAGGCAGUUGGAGGUAAAGAAGAUCAAAGAUGCUAAUGUGAAUGAAGGUCCCUCUGUCCCUUCCAUCACAGCAAUCCUGUCCUACUCCAAAGGCUUUGCAUGCUCUAGAGGUCCUGGCACCGUUUUUCUGUUUGUGCAGACAGAUGAGAAUGGUUACAGAAAGGCCAGGGAGAUAAAGAUCCCUCUAGAUGCAUACUGCAGCGGUGUGACCUUGGCAGAAUACCAGCAGAUUGACACCAUAUGCAUCAGUCCAGCAGAGGAGACUUUGGCCAUCAGCACAAACCGAGGACAGCUGUACAGUGUCAGCCUGUCCUCUGUGGACAUGAACAAGGAGGAUAAACUACACUUUGAGUUCCUGUCCCAGUCCUUCCACUCCAGCUCCAUCACUGGUUUGUCUAUCUGCAUACGCAAGCCCCUCGUAGCCACCUGCUCUCUGGACCGCUCUGUCCGCAUCUGGAACUACGAGACAAAAGUGUUGGAGCUGUGCAAGGAGUUCCAGGAGGAGGCGUACAGUGUGGCACUACAUCCCACAGGCCUCUUCAUCCUUGUGGGGUUUUCAGACAGACUCAGGCUGAUGAACCUGCUUAUUGAUGACAUCCACACCUUCAAGGAGUUCACUGUGCGCAGCUGUAGAGAGUGUGCUUUCAGCAACGGUGGCCACAUGUUUGCAGCUGUCAAUGGAAACAUCAUUCAAAUCUAUUCUGUCACCUCUUUUGACAAUAUCCUUAAUCUGAAGGGCCACAAUGGAAAGGUGUGUCGGAUUGAGUGGAGCCUGGACGACAGCCGGGUCGUGUCUUGUGGGGUGGAUGGGGCAGUGUACGAGUGGAACACGCAGAGUGGCAAGCGGGAGUCAGAAUGCGUCCUAAAGUCCUGCAGUUAUACAGGUGUGGCCUUCUCCUCAGACUGUAAGACCAUCCUGGCUGUGGGAACAGACCUCACUCUGAAGGAGAUCCAAGACUGUCAGGUACUGAGGGAGGUUCCAGCUGAUGAGACAGCUCACACUGCUCUUGCAGUGUCCCAUUCUGGUAGAGUGGUCUUCACCGGGACCUCCAGUGGGACUGUAAGGGCCAUUAAAUACCCAUUACCUAUCCAGAAGGAAUGGAUGACAUACCAGGCUCACUCUGGGCCUGUCACCAAGAUGGCGAUCACGUAUGAUGAUCAGUUCCUGCUGACAGUGUCUGAAGACGGCUGUCUGCUGAUUUGGAAAAUCAUCGAUAAGGAGGGCAGAGGUCUAAAGAUCAACAAACACAUCGUCCACACGGAAGAGAUCCUUAUCACCAGGUCAGACCUGGAGGAGAAGACCCAGCACAUGCUGGAGAUGAGGAUGCGGCUGGAGGAGCUGCAGAUGGAGAAUGAGUACCAGCUCCGCCUGAAGGACAUGAACUACAACGAGAAGCUCAGAGAGCUGUCCGACAACUUUGUCCAGCAGAUAGAAUCUCUGAAAACAUCCCAACAGGCCAUGAAGACAGAUAUGGAAAAGCAGGAAUGUGAGAAUCAGCAGAAUUCUGCAGAGCUUAUUAUGAAGCAUUCGAAAGAACUGAAGGAUUUAGAGCUAUCAUACAGCCAGAAGCUGAUUGUGGAGCACGAGAAGUACCAGGAUCUUCAGCAAAAACAUCAAAGGAUGCAGGAAGACUAUGAGAAGCAGCUCAAGUUUGCAGAGGACAGAAAAAUCCAAGCGGUGGAGGAGCUCACAAAGAUGUACGAGGCCAAGCUACAGGAGAAGGCCGAGCUCCUCGCUCAGUGUCAGGAGGACACCGAACAGAAGAUUAGUGUUUUUAAAGCAAUCAUAAAGCAGGCCGAAGAGGACGAGGAGAGGAAGAUUCUCGAGCUCCAGACCAAUUAUGAGGAGAAAAUGAAAACUGAGAAACAGACCAAUACAAAUCUGAAGGGAAAAAAUAGCAUCAUGGCACAAAAGUUCAUCAGUCUACAGAAGCAGAUUGAUGACAGGAGCGCUGAUAUAAACAAACUGAAGCAAGAGCGGCAGAGGCUGCUUGGGCUGAUCCGCUCCCUGGAGAGUGACAUCGAAGACCUGAAGAGGCAGAUCUCUGGACAUGAAAAGACCAGUCAGGACAAGGUGACCGAGAUCAGAGUUGUCAUUUCCCUGUCAACCAAACGUCCACUUAGCAGAAUUUUAAACAGUUUUACAUUUUGAAGCCUCGACAUUACACAUGUGGAGUCAGAAGUGACGACAUUUAUCAUUUAACACUAGCUUUAACUCUAUAAAGCAUAAAGUGACAUUUUAAUGAUGGGUUUUGACACCCAGCUGAUAGAAACAAAUAAGAUUUGGGGACUUCUCGCCCCCCGAGUUCCUGCUCUUUGUUGUGCUCACUGCUCACUUAUUUGUUCCUCAAGUUUUUCUGCUUCUUUGUACAUUCCUUCAUGACCAUCCUGAUAGCUUCACAGAUCUCCCUCCAGGAAUUUGCUGACAUUUAUGAGUCAUUAUAGAUGAGAUGAUGAUUGCGUUGAAAAAUAGGCAGAAAUACACAGGACGAACAGGCCAGUCACAGCAGCUGUGGGCUGCGUUGAUAUGUCUUCUGGUUCUACAAAGGAGCACGUCAGGGUAUGUUGUAGGUUUGUUGCAGUUGUGAUGCAGGUGCAGUGUAGAUUUCUCAGCGAAGCUUAAGUGCCGUGUUACUGUGCGUACAUUUAUGGGAAUAUGAGCAUAUUAUAAGCAUAUAAGUAUAAUAUAAGCAUGUUU